AAUUAAGCCAUGUUUUGGGGAGAUGUGAGGGAGUAUGAGUAUGAAAGAGAAUCAGAGACGUGAACUCCCUUGCCUUGGCGUCACAUGAUGCGGGUGUGGCCCGAGCUUUCUCGUUGGUGAACCUCAUUGAUGAAGCAUGGCCCAUCCAAGUAGGCCGAACAGUAACGCGAUCUCGCCGCCCAAACGCCACUCCUUGCCUCUCAUUCAACGAUCAAUCGCACUCUAUAACAGUCAAUCGUAGCAUCGCGGCCAGCGAAUUUCCCCCUCGGCAAACCAAUCUCACACAAUGGUUCACAAAGUUCUCUUCUGGAGUGGACUCGGUAUCGGAGUACGACUAUGGCAGCUCGGCAUUGAGAUGCGACCACUCUUCAACAAGGAAUCUCUCUGGGUCUACCCGGUCUACGCAGGCCUCGGCGGCAGCUUUGGAUACUGGCUUAUGGGCGUUGAGCAGCGACAGUUCAGACUCCUCGCCGACCGACGAGAGUCUUUGAUCGAGAAGAGGGCACGAAGGAAGGAGAGGGAGGCCGCCGCUGCCGGAGAAUCAUAAAUCGACCCUGCCCACCGUAAUUCAAACAUCGGCGUGGGUAGAGAGAGGGAAACGACAGAUGCGGGGACAACCGAGGAUUGAUCAUGGGCGCAUAGACAUGGCUAGUUGGACUGGCGCGUUCGUUAUAGCUGGUUGCGAAGCAUGGGAUAUAUUGAUGCUACCGCCUGUUGGAGAGGG